AUGGGACGUUACACGCUUCAACGACUUCUGGCAAUGAUUCCAGUGCUGGUAGUCGUGGCGAUCGUCACCUUUUCGCUGAUACACAUUACGCCCGGAGAUCCCGUUUCCCUGAUGGCGGGAGACCUAGCGACGCCUGAGCAGAAGGAAGCGAUACGCAAGGACAUGGGUUUGGACAGACCCAUUUACCAGCAGUUGGUAAUUUACUUUGCGGAUCUUCUGCGCGGUGACCUCGGCGAGUCGAUAUUCAACAAAUUCAAAGUUACUACGCUCAUCUCGCAGCGGCUUGAGCCUACGCUGUUCAUCGCGGUGUUCUCGCAGUUGGUCUCGAUAAUAAUCGCCAUUCCUCUAGGCAUUUUGGCGGCGUGGAAGGCGAAUACGUGGAUUGACCGCGUGGUGAUGGUGAUCGCGGUGCUGGGGCUUGCGAUUCCUUCUUUCUGGCUGGGUGCGAACCUGAUAUGGGUGUUCGCGGUCAAGCUGCACUGGUUUCCGGCGUUCGGUUACAUUCCGAUAUCUGAGGGCGUCGUGCCGUGGAUAAAAUCCAUAACGCUGCCUUCAAUAUCGGUGGGGUUCAUAUCGGCGGCUCUGAUAGCGCGGAUGACGCGGGCGAGCAUGCUGGAGGCCUUUCAAUUGGUGUUGCGGAGCAACCCGAAUAUGGCAAUUGGCUUGUUUAUCCUAGUGUUAGCUGUGAUGUUGGCGGCAUUUGCGCCAUUCAUUGCUACAGACGCCCCAAAGGAGCUGUUCACCGAGCCCAGGCUGCAAGCUCCUUCAAGAGAGGCUUACUUUGGGACGGACAGCGUGGGCAGGGAUGUGUUCUCGACGGACGAUAUACGGCAGCCGGUUGUCGCUGGGAUCGGGGCUUCAGUAACCAUCCUGACGCUAAUCGGCGGCGUGGUGAUCGGGAUAACUGCGGGGUAUUACAAGCUGGCGGAUAAUGUGGUGAUGCGGUUCAUGGACGGGCUGAUGGCGUUUCCGUCAUUCCUGCUGGCGAUCGCGCUUGUGGCGCUGCUGGGAGCGAGUUUUCAGAAUGUGGUGCUCGCGCUGUCAGUGGUGGAGACGCCGCGGGUGGUGCGUAUCGUGCGGGGGUCGGUGCUGAGCUUGCGGGAGCGGCAGUAUGUGGAGGGGGCGCUUGCUGUGGGGGCGAGGCCGCUGCGGAUACUUGCGACGCACAUAUUCCCGAAUCUGGUUGCGCCGCUGACGGUGCAGGCGACUUACGUGUUCGCGCUCGCCAUAUUGGUUGAGGCUGGGCUGAGUUUCCUGGGAGCGGGGUGCCGCCGGAUGUUCCGAGCUGGGGGAAUAUGA